AUGGAAGUGACGAAAACUCAGCGUGGGGCUCCGUUGCUACUCUACCAGGGAUUUUCCUAUACAGUUAGUAGAAAGUGCAGUUCUGGUAUUUAUUGGGUAUGUCGAGAUCGUGCUAUCUGCAAGGCAAAGAUAACUACUGACGAGUCCAUUAGCGUUGUAGUGCGACUAACUGGUACUCGCACUCAUGCUGGAGAUCCAACUGAAAUCAACCUGCUCAAAGUCCGUCAGAUCAUGAAGAGAAAAGCAGAGAAUGGAAGCGAUCCACCUCAUCGGAUCCUACUUGAUGCCGCCGCAACCGUCAGAGAGAACUUCAACACGGACAGCAUGCGCACCAAGAGCUUCUCCGCAGAAACAACUUACUUGUACGCGUCGCCAGCUGGCACAAAAGUGACAGGCAUCGUGGGACGAGAAGUGUCCCUUCCGUGCGACCUUCGUCCAGCGGUGGGUGAACCGACGGACGAUGUGCCACUACUGGUGCUGUGGUUCCGAGAGGGCUUCCCUACUCCACUCUUGAGCGCCGAUGCACGAAGAGGGGGAGGAGGAAUAUCACGGGCACGGGUAUGGAAGUUUUCCUUCUUGCGCAAGGAUGAUGCCUGGGACGUCCGCCUUACAUCAAAUCCUCCAGCGUUGCUGCUGGGGAACGUGAAAUCGGAGCACGCUGGCACGUACGUCUGUCGAGUCGACUUCCGGCAGGCGCAGACGACCAACCGCAUCGUGCGUCUGGUCGUCGUGGUUCCGCCGUCAAUUCCCGUCAUCAGAGAUAGAAUGGGGCAGGUCUACAACGGCACUGCUACUUUCAACCGCGGGGACGUCGUGCAUCUGCAAUGUGAAUCACGGGGAGGUCAGCCACGACCGACACUUUCCUGGUUGCGAGACGGUGAGCUGAUGCAGCCUUCUCCAGCAGCUUCGACAUCGAGUGCGGACGGCGUGGUGAGCCGCAUUCACGUCGGUCCGCUCACCAGGGCUGACCUCCUCACCAAAAUUACCUGUCAAGCGCAAAACAACAACGUCUCGGAGCCACUCGCUACAACGGUGGUGUUGGACCUCAACCUGGCCCCGACAGGCGUCUCCAUCACGGGCGGUAUCGAGCCCUUGCACGCCGGUCGCCCAGCGCUGCUUUCCUGCGUUUCAACGGGCUCCCGACCGACGGUCGUGUUGAGCUGGUGGAAGGACAGCGGGCGCCUCCCCGCGUCGUCCUCCAACAACUCGGCGAGCAGCGUCACCCUGAUACCGACGAGCGCCGACCACGGUCGUCGCCUGGCGUGCCGAGCGCACAACCCACAUCUCGCACACGAUGUCCUCGAGGAUGCCGUCACGCUACGAGUCCAUUACCCUCCAGAGCUUCACGUGCGGUUGGGCAACCAUCUCCGGGAAGGCGGCAUCAUGGAGCAUCGGGACGUGUACCUGGAGUGCUCGGUCUCUGCCAACCCUCCCGUGACGGAAGUGGGAUGGCGUUUCGAGGGCCAGGACUUGCACACCAACACCUCCGCUGGGCUCAUCGUCAGCAACCGAUCCCUCGUGCUUCAGAAGGUGCAGCGAGAAGCACGGGGCCAUUACUCCUGCACGGCCGCUAACUCCCUCGGCAGAGGCACCAGUGGACCUUUUUUUCUGCGGGUCCAGUACGCCCCGGUGUGCGUAGAAGGUCAGCAACAACUGUACGGUGCAGCCCGACACGAAGCCGUCCAGGUGAGCUGCGAAGUGAGCGCUGACCCAGCAACCGUCGCCUUCGAAUGGCGGCUCAACAGCUCGGCAGCCGAAGUUCCACCACACUCGUCGGCCGGCGUCCGAUCUUUUGCCACGGUGGUUGCACGCUCUGAAGCCGACUACGGUGCAUUAGCCUGCUGGGCUCGCAACUCCGUGGGGAUCCAGAAGCAGCCGUGCGUGUUCGUCCUGGUGCCCGCCGGACCACCGGAGUCGCCCUCCGACUGUGUCGUUUCUAACCAGACAGAGGACUCCUUCUUUAUACUGUGCCGUGAAGGACAUCACGGUGGAUUAAGACAGCAUUUUGUGUUGGAAUUGCAAGACAGCGGAGGCGGUCGAAGUAGGGCCAACCUUAGUGGGUCUCUCCCUGCUUUUCAGGUAGUCGAUCUUCCAGCUGGCACCGAUUUCGUGCUGGUGGUCUACGCUGCAAACGCCAAGGGCAGGAGCCCACCUGUGCUCUUAACUGCUGGCACGUUACCAGCUGCCGCAGAGAGCACACUAAGGCAGGGCACAGGUAAGAUACACGUGACCCCAUAA